AUGACUGAUUCAAAGCGUCUCACGCCUGAGGAGUUCCUGAAAGUAGUUCCGGGUGUGUUCGAAGAGGCUAACAAGUCUAAAAAAUCUGUAAACCUGUCAGUGAAAAGACUUGUCGAAAGGGAUCUGAUAGAGGGCAACGACGAGUUCAACGCUACCGAAUUGCCGAGAUUUGAUGUUUCCCAGAAGGCACAGUUCACGAAAAUACCUUCAGAAGCAAAUAGCAAACAGUAUGGCGUCCUGGUACGGAUCAAGAAAGGUGACGGAGAAUCGCUGAUUAAACAUUCCACAGUGGUGAAAGCCGAACACAUAGAUAAGUUUUGGAAAGACUACUCGUCGGCAAUCAAAUCUGGCAUGGUAGGGCUUAUCAAGAAGAAGAAGAAGAAGGCAAAGAAAUCCUUGAGAAAAUAA